GCGGUGCUGAGGGGAAGAACACAGAGAGAAACACAAACACGAAGUUGUUUCUUUACUGUCUUAAAAUGGAGCUCAACUGGAGAAAACAUGGAGAUUAUAAUGAUGAAAAUAGGGUUUUACAGCAGUUUAAGAAAAAUGACGAAGUCUUUCGGAACAAAAUGGAAAUGAUAUUUCAAAAAUACUCAAAUUUAGAUGAUGCAGAAAGUGAUGUCUGUUUGAAAACAAUGACCCUCAGAACUGGAAAAGGCAUCAUGUCAAUCAACAGUACAGAAGCAGAACACGAGUUGAGGAACCUAAGGAAUCAUGUUGAACAUGAGCAGUCGCUGCGGGUGGUGGACACUUCUAGAGAUGAACACAGUAAUAGUGAACAUGACAUGAGUUUAUGUCCCUCUGCAAACCAGACGGAUAUAACAUACAGAAGUGAGAGUGAAGAUUCAAGACGAGUGGAAAAAGAUGACAUCCUGUGGCAAGGGGCUGAGACUUCCCAGCUCUCUAUGCAUUCAGUGAAUUCCUCACGAGGCUACUUUUUCGACAAUCCAUCCCAGGAAGAGGACGAAGAUCUGGAAAGAACUCUAAGCAGCCAUGGCAGCACCCUCUUGGAUGUCUAUCCCAGCAUGCUUAACCAGAUCAGAGAAUCAUACAGACGACAACAUGUGACUAAAGCAGCUACUGCUGUGCUGCGCAGGUACCGCCACCAUCGCUGGCAAUCUAGCAAAGGAAAGCAUCGCAACUCUAACCUCAGCAACAGCCCUGAUCACAGCUUCAACAAAAGCAGGGACAGUGCCCCGAAACGUUUUCAUACUAACCAAACUGUCUCUCAGGGAAGUCCGCUACACAAAGGCAGGCAUCAAAAUGAUACAAAAAGCAUUCGAAAUGCAUCCCCUGUAUCCAGUGGCUGUUUUUACUCUCCCAGGAGGGAUGAUGCAGAGAAACAUACAGAUGCAGAAAGCAGGUCACACUGGACAGGUCUGCAUUCACACAGCAAGACCAAGCAUCAGCCUGUUAGUGUAUUGGACCUUUCAAGCUUGCCAUCUUCCGACAGUAGCUCCUCUCAUUUCCCAUCACCUGAUCUAAAUCAGACCUACACUGUAGGCCCUGAUGUUAUGCCAGGAUCUCAGAGUGUUCUUUCUUCUGAUGCUUGUAUGUCAACAUGGUCAGGGUGUAAACCAGGGACCAAAGGCUUACCUCAUUAUGGUCAAGAAGCUGAAAAACCAAUUCUUGCUUACCAAAACCCCAAAAUCUCAAGCCCUGGUUGCCAAGGUGCUAAAGGUUUGUUACUUGCUUGCCAAAGAGCCAAAAGUUCACCGCUGGCUUACAGAGGAGUCAAAAUUGUUUCUCACCAAGGAGACAGACUGGUUAUGCCAUUGGCAUCUUAUAAACAAUCAAGCUCGGAAAGGGAAGGUUUGAGAGAGCACAUCUACUCUCCUGCAUCUUCCUCAAGGGAAACCUUUACUGGCAGUCCUUCUAGUCUGAGAAGUCCCCUAAAACCCAAAGUUUUAAGUCCAUACCCGGAAUAUCAGAGGUCUUCACCCAACUAUCCUAAGCAGAUCUCACUUACUAAUCCUAGAAGUUCCUCUGUGGUGAACAGGUCUCCUUUCCACAAUCUACCAACAUCUCCCAGCUAUUCUCGCCAUCCAUUUUCUCCCCAUCAGGAGAAUCUCCCCAUGAGUCUAGCACAAAAGCGUCAACGAUCUCUCUCUAGCCAACAGGCCAGAUUCUUUGAUGUUUCCAAGAUGUCAAGCUCACAGAUUGACGCUGAGUUCACAAAGCUUUAUCACCAUUUUGUCUGUCGAGGCUCUUCCUCUUCAGGCCCCAAAUCCUCCUGUCACAUUUGUCGAGUAGAAAGGGCAGCUCAAAAUCCAGGCAUGUCUUCAUCUAGCAUGUCUGCACUCGCCCUGACACCUGUACGGACGAAACUGAUGAAACGCCGCCGCCAGCCUGAGGUAGAGGAGUCACUGCGAAGCAAGCGUUUCCGAGAGAGUUGUUCACCUCACAGGCCAAAGCAACAGGCAAACACAAAUAUGAAUCGUGCUAUGGCAGAGCCCAGUGAGGACCAGCGCACCUGGAACAGGGCUUUGCUUUUGCAGUGUCCCAGUCCUAGAUUUCUCAGAGCCAGUGGAGGCAUCAGGAAAGCACCGGGCCCCAAACUGGAUCAACAGACACAGCAAACCUCCCCUUUUUGGAGAGCUCCAUGGGGUUGUGCUGAUACCAGUGCAGGUAAAGCCAGGUCAACUAUGAGAACCUCAAAUCACAGUGAUGCCUUACUCAGCCCAAGUUUGUCAAGGAGACGACUUCAGUACGGGCCUCCUCAGUGAUGAACUUCCCAGUUUCCUUUCGAUGGGGCAUUGAAGAGGAGUAACUGCUGUCUACUACAAGAUAGGGUUUUAAAAAUGAAAAAUCUAAUCCCCCUGGGCCCUGUUUAUAGAUUUGUAUUUAGUUUAACUGUUUUAAUAUGAAAUAUAAAUGUUAUUCACACGCAAUCCUUGAUGAAAAAAGUAGACAGUGUGACUCAGUAACAUAAUUGUAAAUAUUUGAUGGGUUUAUUCAAGUGUAAGCUGUUAUGAAUAAAAAUGUCAUCUUGUUAUUUUUUAUUGUUAUAAAGGUAAAUAUGUUUAUUAAACAAUGUAACAUGUUAAAAAGGGGGUA